GGUCAUCUAACUCAAGUCACACUCUUUCUAUUACACCCCUUCCAACUCAUUUCUUUAUCCAAUGAUUCGGUUUCCAACAAUAAAAUAUUAUCUUAUUCUUAACAAAUUAACAUGAAUGAGCUGGAUCGACUCGAUAUAUAUAAAAGCCAAAGUCCCUUGCCGCACAAGGGAGCACGAGUUUGCUGCAGCUAAAGGUAGAGAUCGAGCCCCAAAAUGGCCAAUGACAUGAACCACAGCCAAAGGAGAGUCGACGGCCGGAAACUCGCGAGGUGUCCGAGGAUCCAAAUGACCCAAAAAACAGUCGAGGCGAUCGAACAAGCGUGCGGCGGGAGAAUCGUCGCGCAGGACGAGCUGAGUGGCGCGGUGCGGGUGAAGAUUGUGCUGAGCAAGCAACAGCUGAAACAAAUGGUCGCGAUGAUCGGGCGAGGGCGGAGCAAUGCCGGCCCCCAGCAGAGCAGCCUAAUUGCGGUCGGUUUCCCUCAGAAUUUGGAGCAGCUGUUUUACGCGCUGCGGAGGCGGCACGCGAAGAAAAGUGAGGCCGCAAAGGGUCGACGGAAUCGGUGGCGGCCCGCUCUUCAAAGCAUCCCCGAGGAGGCCUAAAUUAAAGCUAGUGUUCUGUUGUUCCAGUUGAUAGUACAAAGUUGCAAGUAGUAUGUAGCAGUUUGUAACUAGAGCUUAUGUAGCUCUUUGUGUUGGUCUAAUAUGUUUUUUUGUGAUUUGGGCCACCAUACUAAUUAACUUUUAUUUAUAAACACUUGAUUAAUGUUGAACAAGUGUACAUUUUUCCCUUUUUUUUUUGGGUGAAAGAACGAAAUUUCAAUAUUUUAAUUUCAUGCACUGA